CACGGUGACUAUACCGAUUUCCCUCAGCAAAACAAAAAUGUUGAAUCAUAUAUAAAUAAUUGCGAAUCUUAUCAAAUGGCUUCAGUUGAGUAAACCGAUAAGACACUUUUAGUAAAAAGCUAAAAUAAAACGUUUUGCUCAAUUAGUGUAGCGGUUUAACCGUCUUGGAAGUACCAUGUCUUAUCUGGUGGCGUUGGCGGUGCUCGUGGUGACCGUGGUAUUCUUCGGUCCGCGUUUUCUCGCCGCUUACAGGCGAAAACGCAAACUCGUAGAAAUUGUAGAUUACUACCCCGGAGAAAAGUGGUACCCGAUCAUCGGAACCGGUCUGAAGUUUAUAACGACGAGCAGGGAAGAUGCUUUCGACUACAUGAGAUCCAGACACAAGACGUACGGCCCGGUAUUCAGAAGUUGGUUCCAAGGGGAACCUAUUAUACACAUCUGCAAGGCGGAUCACGCAGAAUUGUUCCUCAAAAGCAAUGUAAAUAUAGACAAAGGCAUGAUCUACCGCUUUUACGAGCCAUGGCUGGGCACGGGCUUAUUGACCGGAGGAGGGAACAAGUGGAGGACGCACCGGAAGCUUAUCACGCCCGCUUUCCACUUCAGCAUCUUGGACAAGUUCGCCGAAACCUUCGCCGAACGCGCGGACGACUUGGUGCACAUCCUGGAGGACAAGGUCGGCAAGGGGUAUUUCGACAUUAACCCCUACGUCACCAAGUGUGCGUUGGAUAUUAUCGCGGAGACCUCCAUGGGUAGGAAGGUAAACGCGAUGAAGGAUCCGAAAUCAAAGUAUCUGGAUGCCAUCGUCAGUUUAUGCGAGAUUUCCGCGAGAAGGUACACGAAUCCUAUUUGGGCGAACGAUUUUCUUUUCAAGUUCACCAAACCUGGAAAGAGGUUCUAUGACUCGGUCGACCACGUCGAUGGCAUCACACUUAAGAUCAUUGAAGAGAAAAGGGACCAAUUGAAGAAGACCAAAAGCACCAUCAGAGUGGACGAGCUCGGUAGGAAGGAACGGCAGGCUUUCAUUGAUAUUCUGCUCACCACAGAGAACCCAAAACGGUUCACUGAUGCAGAAAUCAUAGAAGAAGUAAACAGCUUCAUGUUCGCGGGUCAAGAUACCAGCUCGAUCACCACGGGUUUCACUCUGUUCGCGUUGGGCAACGAACCAGAGAUCCAAGCUAAAGUCCACGAAGAACUGGACGCGAUCUUCGAGGGGUCGGACCGCAUCAUCACGCCUCAGGACGUAGCGUCUAUGGACUACCUGGAUAGAGUGGUCAAAGAGGCAAUGCGGUACUACUAUUUUGUACCGGAAAUCGGCAGGUGUCUAUCCGAAGAUCUCGUUUUGGAUGGGCGUCGCAUUCCCGCGGGUACCACCAUCAUCCUCGACCUCUACGAGCUGCACCACGACCCGGAGCACUUCCCGGAGCCUUUCAAAUUCGAUCCCGACCGAUUCCUCCCCGAAGAAGUAGCCAAACGUCACGUCUACUCUUACGUCCCAUUCAGCGCCGGUCCCAGGAAUUGCGUAGGCCAGAAAUUCGGAUUACGCAACGCUAAAACGAUGCUGGCGUCCGUCUUGAGAAAAUUCAAGGUCAAGUCGCGUGACAGGCCGCAGGAUUUGAAGUACUACAUCGAGACGGUACUCCGGCCGCAGCAAGGUCUUCAAAUCGAGCUGGAGCUGCGCAAAAAUUAUCUUAUCUCUACAUUAAAAGUAGUCGGCGGUUACGUGGCGACAAAUAAUUUUGUAUUUUUGGCUGGGCCAUUUUAUCCUUGCCGUAUGUGCUCUUUGCAUCGCGGUUUGAAAGUUUUCGGGAGUACCAUGGACUAUCUGGCGGCUUUGGCGGUACUCGUGGUGACGGUGGUUCUUUUUGGACCGCGUCUCUUCACUACGUACAGGCGCAGACGCAAAAUCGCCGAAGCCAUUGACUACUACCCCGGAGAAAGGUGGUACCCUAUCGUCGGAACCGGUUUGAGGUUCAUGACGAUAAGCAGGGAGGAUGCUUUCGACUAUAUGAGUUCCAGACACAAGAAGUACGGCCCGAUAUUCAGAAGUUGGUUCCAAGGGGAACCAGUUGUACACAUCUGUAAACCGGAACACGCGGAAAUAUUACUAAAGAGCAACACGAACAUCAGCAAAGGCUUGAUCUAUCGCUAUUUCGAGCCUUGGCUGGGUACCGGCUUAUUAACAGGAACCGGGAAUAAGUGGAGGACGCACCGGAAGCUGAUCACUCCCGCCUUCCACUUCAGCAUCUUGGACAAGUUCGCGGAAACCUUUGCCGAAAGGGCCGACGACCUAGUGCACAUACUGGAGGACAAAGUAGGCAAGGGGUACUUCGACAUUUGCCUCGACCUCACCAAGUGCGCACUGGACAUCAUCACGGAAACCUCGAUGGGGAAGAAGGUGUACGCGAUGAAGGAUCCGAACUCCAAGUACCUGGACGCCAUCGUCAGCUUGUGCGUGAUCGGCUCCAGAAGGUACACGAACCCGAUUUGGGCCAAUGAUUUCAUUUUCAAGUUGACCGAAGCGGGAAAGAGGUUUUUCGGGUGCAUCGAGUACGUGGAUUCGGUGACCUUAAAGAUCAUUGAAGAGAAGAGGGCGCAACUGGAAAACAUUACGAGCACCGUCCGAGUGGACGAGCUCGGGAGGAAAGAACGGCAGGCUUUCAUCGACGUCCUGCUCGCCUCGCAGGACCAAAACCGGUUCACCGACGAGGAGAUCGUCGAAGAAGUAAACACCUUCAUGUUCACGGGUCACGGUAGCAGCUCGACCACCACAGCCUUCACUCUAUUCGCAUUGGGUAACGAACCACAAAUCCAAGCCAGAGUCCACCAAGAACUGGACGCCAUCUUCCAUGGGUCGGACCGCGUCAUCACGCCUCAGGACGUCGCGUCUAUGGACUAUCUGGAUAGAGUGGUGAAAGAGGCGAUGCGGUACUACUAUUUCGUACCGGAAAUCGCCAGAAGACUAUCGGAAGACAUCGAGUUGGACGGGCAUCGCAUUCCCGCGGGUACCACCGUAAUCAUCGACCUCUACCAACUGCAUCAUGACCCGGAUCACUUUCCGGACCCUUUCAAAUUCGAUCCGGAUCGGUUCCUGCCCGAGGAAGUAGCCAAACGUCAUCCUUACGCCUAUAUCCCGUUUAGUGCCGGUCCCAGGAACUGUAUAGGUCAGAAAUUCGGAUUGCGUAACUCUAAGACCAUGCUGGCGUCCAUCCUGAGGAAAUUCGCGGUUACGUCGCGCGACAAGCCGCAAGAGUUGAAGUACUACAUCCAGGCGGUGCUCAGGUCUCAGGACGGUCUCCAAAUCGCACUGGAGCCGCGCAAAUGAGCUGCCGCGCGUUUCUCUUCAGUGUUUACAAAUAUAUAUUGUCUAGUAGUAAGUCGCAUCGCAAAAUACAAUUUUUA